AUGGAAGCAGACAGCCAAAAAACAACUUCGGCGUCGUCCGGCGAGACUAACGGCCCCGAGCCGAACACAUCCCCGCUCCGCCUGGUUGUCCUGGGCUGGCGCUGGCCCGGCAAGAGCUUGACAGCCAACACAAUCCUUGGCCGCGAAGAAUUCCGCCUGGAGCGCGCCGCCGAGUUCUGCGUGACGCGCCACACGGAGGUGCGAGGGCGGCGGGUAACGGUGGUGGACACUCCCGGCUGGUACUCGUCACAGGACACGCCCCUCUCCUACAAGAAGGAGAUCACCCGCGGCGCCGCUUUGUGCCCGCCGGGCCCGCACGCCUUCCUGCUGGUUAUCCCCGUCGGCAUGUUCACCGAAGUGGACCGCGCUCGCAUCGAGGAGCACGUGGGCCUCUUCGGCGAGCGGGUUUGGAACCACGUCUUGGUGGUGUUCACCUGGGCGGAAGUUCUGCGGAAAAUCUCGCUGGAGCGGUACAUCCGCCGCGAGGGCACCGAGCUGCAGCGCGUGCUGGAUAAGUGCCGGCGCCGCUACAUGCUCAUUAACAACUGCGUCUUCCAGGAGGACGCGCAGGUGGGACGCUUGAUGGAGCGCGUGGAUCAGAUGGUGGAGGAGGAAGGGGGUUACUAUGCGGUGGAGGAACUGGACGAGAACCGGAACCCGACCGGGGACGCCCCGCAGGAGCCGAAAGUUGACGGCGUGGGGAUGUUAGUGAAAGAUGCCGCCGCGGUUUCUGCCGAGUGA